AUGGAAUCAGCAGAGGAAUACCUCUUUGAAUAUAACGGAUGUUAUUUUGUCAAAAAUCUAACUACAGCAGAAUACCUGGAUACACUGAAUGAUUUUAAAAUCAGAGACAGUGAUGUAUUUCUAGUUACGUAUCCUAAAUCAGGCACUGUGUGGACACAGAACAUUUUGAGCUUGAUUUAUCAUGAAGGGCAUCGAAAUGGGUCUGAAGAAGCAGACCUGUUGGACAGGGUUCCAUGGCUGGAGUAUAAGUUCCGUGAUAUUGACUAUGUCAAUCGUACAUCACCUCGCCUCUUUUCCACCCAUCUGCCCUACUAUCUCAUGCCAGAGGGAUUAAGAAAUGGAAGAACAAAGGUUAUUUAUGUGGCCAGAAACCCAAAGGAUGUCUUUGUCUCUUAUUACCAUUUUACCAAAAUAAAUAUCCACAUCAAAGAUGCUCAAGACUUUGAAAUUGCAAUGGAAAGAUUUUUAGCUGGUAAAAUGCCAGCCAAUUUAUGGAUAGACCAUAUAGAAGGCUGGUCUGCUCACAGGGAUGACUUCAAUAUUAUUUUCCUUACUUAUGAAGAGAUGAAGAAGGAUCUGAAAAGUUGUGUGCUGAAAAUAUGCAACUUCCUAGGAAAAAGUCUAGCUGAAAAGGAGGUGGAUAAAGUUGUAGAUAUGGCUUCAUUUAACAAAAUGAAAGAGGAUCCUAGAGCAAACUAUGAAACUAUGGCUCCUGACGUUUUAGAUAACAACAAAGGACACUUUCUUCGUAAAGGCACAAUUGGAGACUGGAAAAACAUAUUGACUGUUGCACAGAGUGAAAGAUUUGACAGCAUUUUCAAGGAGAGGCUGGAAAAGCUGCCCUUCAAGUUCUGCUGGGAUAUCAAAGAUGAAUUGUGA